GCGGCCUCUCCCCGCCGGGCGGGGCUGCGGGGCCGCGCCGGGGCCUCGGCCGGGGCCGUGUCCUGCGGUGCCGCCGGGCCGGUGUCGGUGUCGGUGUCGGGGCGAUGCCCGGGGUGAUGGCCGUGUUGGCGGCGCGGGGCCGCGGGCGCUGAGCUCGGUGCGGGAGCAUGGCCGAGGCUCUGCGCCAGGAGCCGCCGGGCGGGCCCGAGUCGGAGGCCGAGCUGUCGCAGCGGCUCGCCCGCACCAAGGCCCGCUCGUACGGCAGCACGGCCAGCGUGGCGGCCCCGCUGGCGGAGCGGUACGUGGAGCACCGGCUGAGCGCCGGGGACACGCUGCAGGGCAUCGCCCUCAAGUACGGCGUCACGAUGGAACAAAUAAAGAGGGCAAAUAAACUGUUCACUAAUGACUGUAUAUUUCUGAGGAAAACCCUGAAUAUUCCUGUUGUAUCAGAGAAACCAUUACUGUUCAAUGGACUUAAUUCACUGGAGUCUCCUGAGAAUGAAACUGUUGACAGCUCCCCUUCUUGUGAUGAAGGACUAGUAACAGUUCAGGAAGAAAGUAGUUCUUCUCCCAGUCCUCAAGAGCCUGACAAUCAGCCCACUGCACCAGAAGAAUUAUCUGCCAAAGAUUUCCUACAGAGAUUGGACUUGCAGAUUAAGUUAUCCAAACAAGCAGCCAGAAAACUAAAAGAUGACAAUGUCAGAGAGGAGGAGGAUGAGGAAGGUCCCUAUGCAACUUCUUCAUAUCACCAGUAGAAGACAGAUGUGAUGGCCUGAAAACUUCCCAUGAAGUCAGUUCUUAAAGAACUAAACAGUCAAUAAUUCGAAACCCAAGUCUUUUGGACUCAUCAUCUUGAUGUACUUAAAAGAAGUCAUGAAUGGGUGAUUGCACUGAAAUUAUGACCUCUUCUGCCUUCCAUAGGUUAAUGUCCUUAUGCUAUAUCAACAAAGGGUUUAAGCCUUCCAAAACUAGCAAUGGCCUUUCUACCCCUUCUGUGCAAACUGUAGCAUGGUAGCAACAAUAUAUCCUUGAGGUCACCUUUAUGCAGGAUGUUGAUCUUUAGUAAAGAUUUUGUAAAUAAUUGUUAAAAGUGAAAUUUGUUUUAAGUAUUUAAAAAUAUUAAAGUUUGCUUGUAAAUGACAAACUAUGAAAGUAAUAGGAAUUUACUUAUUCUGCAAACAUAGGCAAGUUUGCUGUGAAAGUUUUGUCUACUUCAGGGCUGCAGAACUUGCCUCUGAACUCUGUGUGUGUGUCUGUGUGUGGUUAUGCUGUUUUCCUAGAAAGGGGAAUUCAACUUGCUUUGAUGAGUUAAAGCCUUUAUGGUUAAACAAGUGUUUGCAAAUUGGAUUUCUGCUAAUAAAAGGGACGAGUUACAGCCAGAGAUUUUUCUUUGUGAGAUAUGGCAUUGGAAUAUCAGAUGUGUGUUCUUGUGUGCAGUUAUAUUUUGUGUGGUUUUAAUUUAAUAAAAUACAAAAAUACU